GGGGAACUCUCUGGCAUUCAAAUUCAAACUCGACUCCACCACUACAAGAAAAAAAAAGAGGGAGAGAGAGAAACCAAAAAUAUAGUCUUUUUUUCACAGCUAUCAGUUUCUUUCACUAAGCUUUCUGAAACCGGAACCUCUGCAGAAUACUAAACACUCGGGCCUUACCUACAGACAUGGACAAAUGUAUGUAUGCUCUCAUUUUAUAGAACUUGAAAUUCUUUUUUUAAGGAAGGAGUCAACUUUGGCCUUGAGUAUUUGGCAUGGGUACAAAGGCUUAAAAAUGCAGAUGACCAGCUUAGCUACUGACCAUGCUGACCACUCUCUGGAAUCGGAAAAAAUUAAAGAAAAACAAUGAAUGGCUCUCUCUUAUAGAAUAUUCGAACAACGCACAAUUCCUGAGCACAUUUGACCAUUUAAUCUCUUCUAACUGGUCUGGAUUACAGACAGAAUCGAUACCAGACGAAAUGAAACAGCUUGUUGAGGAACAGGGAAAUAAGCUGCACUGGGCAGCUCUUCUGAUACUCAUGGUGAUAAUACCCACAAUUGGUGGAAACAUCCUCGUUAUUCUGGCUGUUGCACUGGAGAAAAAGUUACAGUAUGCUACCAAUUAUUUCCUAAUGUCCCUGGCAGUGGCUGAUUUGCUGGUUGGAUUGUUUGUGAUGCCGAUUGCCCUCUUGACAAUAAUGUUUGAGGCUAUGUGGCCCCUCCCACUCAUUCUAUGCCCUGCCUGGUUAUUUCUUGACGUUCUUUUUUCUACUGCAUCCAUCAUGCAUCUCUGCGCCAUUUCAGUGGAUCGUUACAUAGCCAUCAAAAAGCCAAUCCAGGCCAAUCAAUAUAACUCGCGAGCUACAGCAUUCAUCAAGAUUACAGUGGUGUGGUUAAUUUCAAUAGGCAUUGCCAUUCCAAUCCCUAUUAAAGGUAUAGACACUGAUGUGGGUAACCCAAACAACAUCACUUGUGGGCUGACAAAGGAUCGUUUUGGCAAUUUCAUGCUCUUUGGCUCACUGGCUUCCUUCUUUACACCUCUGGCGAUCAUGAUUGUCACCUACUUUCUCACUAUCCAUGCUUUACAGAAGAAAGCUUACUUGGUCAAAAACAAGCCACCUCAACGCCUAAUGUGGUUGACUGUGUCCACAGUCUUCCAAAGGGAUGAAACACCUUGCUCAACACCAGAAAAAGUGGCAAUGCUGGAUGGUUCUCACAAGGACAAAACCCUGCCUAAUGCAAGUGAUAACAUACUUAUGCGAAGAACGUCCACAGUAGGAAAAAAGUCAGUGCAUACCAUUUCCAAUGAACAGAGAGCCUCAAAGGUUCUAGGGAUUGUGUUUUUCCUCUUUUUGCUUAUGUGGUGCCCCUUUUUUAUUACAAAUAUAACUUUAGCUUUAUGUGAUUCCUGCAACCAGACUACUCUCAAAAUGCUCCUGGAGAUAUUUGUGUGGAUAGGCUAUGUUUCCUCAGGGGUGAAUCCUCUGGUCUACACCCUCUUCAACAAGACAUUUCGGGAUGCAUUUGGCCGGUACAUCACCUGCAAUUACUGGGCCACAAAAUCAGUAAAAACUCUCAGAAAAUGCUCCGGUAAUGUGUACUUCCAGAAUCCAAUGGCAGAGAACUCUAAAUAUUUCAUGAAACAUAGAAUGCGAAAUGGCAUUAAUCCUGCCAUGUACCAGAGUCCAAUGAGGCUCCGAAGUUCAACCAUUCAGUUUUCAUCAAUCAUUUUACUAGAUACACUUCUCACCGAAAAUGAAGGUGACAAAACUGAAGAGCAAAUCAGUUAUGUAUAGAGUAACGGCACAGUUUUUAUGUAACUAAUAUAAUGAUGAGUAAGAUAAAGAAGAUAUAAAUAUACCAAGAAUUACAUAAAGAAGAACUUUAUAUCAUGUAUCAAAAAUCAUCUCUUUAAAUUAAGAAUUAUGUAUUAAGAUUACCCAAUUUUAUUAGGGCAAAAUUAUUCUAACGAAAAAAAUCAUUUUUGUAUAGCUGCAAAUUAAAACAAUCCAGCACACUAGUUAAAUGCUAAGAUAGUCAAAUGAAAUAAAAUUAAAUAAAUCAAUAAACUUCGGGCUU